AUGGUGGUGGUAGUAGAGGUGACAGUGUUACUUCCGCCAAGUAUUACAGCUGUUGGGGCUCCUCCUGCUGAUAUUCCACCUGCUGCUGCUGCUGCUCCUGCUCCGCCGGGUAAUGAUGUUCCGCCAGGUGCUGGUGAUCCACCUGCUGCUGCUGCUCCGCCAGGUCCUGAUGCUACUCCGCUAGGUCCUGAUCCACCAGGUGCUGCUCCACCAGGUAACGGURUUCCACCAGGUGCUGGUGCUCCGCUGGGUAAUGAUGUUCCGCCAGCUGCUGCUCCUCCACCACCUGCUGCUGCUGCUCCGCCAGGUCCUGCUGCUACUCCACCAGGUGCUGCUCCGCCAGGUAACAGUGUUCCACCAGGUGCUGGUGCUCCGCUGGGUAAUAAUGUUCUGCUAGCUGCUGCUCCUCCACCUGCUGCUGCUCCGCCAGGUAACAAUGUCCCACCCGGCGCUGCUGCUGUUCCACCUGGUGCUCCACCUGGCGCUGCUGCUGUUCCAACUGAUGGUGUCGCUCCAACCGGCCUGGUCAGCGUGGCAAAGCCUAUAGAAAUAGGAGUUAAGACAGACACGCCUGCGCCUAAUGGUGGCGCUCCGCCUAGUGGUGUUGCUCCGCCUACUGGUGUUGCUCCGCCUGGUCCUGUCGCUGUGGCAGGGCUUGUACUGAUAGUAGGACUUGAGAUGGGCACACCUGCGCCUGGUGGUGCUGUUCCGCCCGGUCCUGUCGCUGUGGCAGGGCUUGUACUGAUAGUAGGGCUUGAGAUAGGCACACCUCCGCCUGGCGGUGCUGUUCCACCUGGUCUGAUUGGCAUGGCAGGGCUCGUGGUAAUAGGAGUGGAGACAGUCACACCUCCGCCUACUGGUGUUGCUCCGCCUGGUCCUGUCGCGGUGGCAGGGCUUGUAGGAAUAGUAGGACUUGAGAUGGGCGCACCUCCACCUGGUGGUGCUGUUCCGCCUGGUCUGGUUGGCGUGGCAGGGCUUGUAGUAAUAGGAGUUGAGACAGGCACACCUCCGCCUGGUGGUGCUGUUCCGCCGGGUGGUGCUGUUCCGCCGGGUGGUGCUGUUCCGCCGGGUGGUGCUGUUCCGCCUGGUGGUGCUAUUCCGCCUGAUGGUGCUAUUCCGCCUGAUGGUGCUAUUCCGCCUGAUGGUGCUAUUCCGCCCGGUCCUGUCGCUGUGGCAGGGCUUGUAGUGAUAGUAGGAUUUGAGAUGGGCACACCUCCGCCUGGUGGUGCUGUUCCGCCUGGUCUGGUUGGUGUGGCAGGACUCGUGGUGAUAGCAGGAGUUAAGACAGGCACACCUCCCCCAACAGUACGAGUGACGUUAGAGACGCCAGGGCCUGUAGGUAUGGCAGAGGUCAAGGUCACACUCGGCAACCCAGUUGGUCCGGCCCCGGCAGUGCGUGUGACAUUUGCGAAACUGGUUCCUGUAGUCACAGCAAGUCUGGAAGUUUGA